UCCACACCAUAUAACUUAGAUAAUUCGGAUAUAAAUGUUUACAAACUUAUAUUAUCCCUAACCAAUUUUAAAUCACACAUAAAUAGUCACCUUGGAAAUAAGAACAUGUUCGGCGGUGAUGUAUUCUUCUGAUUUAUAUUCAAAUCAAAGAGGAUCCUCGUCAGAGAUUCUUCCAAUUUUUUCCACUCCAUAUCAUACCCCCUACAACAUCCAUCUCCCACCCUAUAAUACCACUACCCUACCCCCAACAUCCUCCUCAUUCAUUCAUUCAACAACAAACAUGAAGAACCAUCUUCUUCUUCUCCCUCUUCUAAUCUUCAUUGUCAUCACCUCCACACAAGCACUUUCAGAUCUCGAAGCACUCCUGAAGCUCAAAUCAUCCAUGUUAGCUCCACCCGCCACGUCCGGAUUAGACGAUUGGCAACCACCAAACCCCAACACAACCAAUGCUUCAACCUCACAUUGCUCCUUCUCAGGUGUCACGUGCGACGAAAACGCACGUGUCACCUCAUUGAUCAUCUCAAACGUUCCCUUGUACGGAACCAUACCACCCGAAAUAGGGUUUUUGAACCAGAUACUGAAUCUUACACUCGUGUGUAACCAACUCACCGGUGAACUGCCUGCAGAGUUGGCGAACUUAACCGCGGUUAAGUUCGUUAACCUCUCAACUAAUUCUUUCUCCGGGCAGUUCCCCGGUGAGAUUGUAACCGGGAUGAAUAAGCUUGAAGUUUUUGACGUGUAUAAUAAUAACUUCAGGGGCAAGCUGCCCCUGGAGUUUAUCAAGUUGCAAAAGUUGAAAACACUUUUUCUCGGUGGGAAUUUCUUCUCUGGAGAAAUACCAGAGGAGUACUCAGAGUUUCCGUAUUUAAAGAAUUUAGGUUUACAAGGUAACGAACUAUCCGGUACGAUUCCGUGGAGUUUAUCACGGUUACCGUAUCUCGAACACCUCUGGCUCGGAUACUACAAUAGUUACUCCGGCGGACUUCCGCCGGAGUUCGGUUCGUUUAAAUCAUUGAAACUUCUCGACGUCGGAGGAAGUAAUCUCUCCGGAGUGAUACCAGAAAGUUUGGGGAAUUUGAAACAGUUGCAUACUCUGUUUCUGCAGUGUAACAAUUUUACUGGAGAAAUACCGGCGGAUUUAUCCGGUUUAAGGAGCUUGAAGUCGCUUGACUUGUCAAACAAUAAUCUUUCUGGGGCGAUACCUGAAAGUUUAUCAGAGCUGAAGAAUUUGACGUUGUUGAAUUUGUUUUUGAAUCAUUUGGCCGGUCCGCUUCCUCCGUUUAUUGGUGAUUAUCCGCAUCUGGAGGUGCUUCAGUUGUGGCAGAAUAAUUUUACGCUUUCGUUGCCGGAGAAUUUAGGCCGGAAUGGGAGGUUGAAAUCGCUUGAUGUUACUGGUAACCGCCUUACCGGUACUAUUCCGGAAGAUUUAUGCAAAGGAGGGAAGUUAGAGGUGUUGAUACUAAUGGAAAACUACUUCUUCGGACCAUUGCCGGAAACCAUUGGCAAUUGCAAGUCGUUAACGAAGAUUCGAAUCAUGAAAAACUUCUUCAACGGAACAAUUCCUGCAAGCAUCUUCAGCUUACCCUUGCUCAAGAUGCUUGAGCUAGAUGACAACUAUUUCUCCGGCGAACUUCCGUCGAAAAUGUAUAGCGAGUCCUUACAAAGCGUAUCUAUAUCGAACAAUCGGAUCACCGGAACAAUACCUCGGGCCAUAGGCGGUUUAGUGAACUUAACAACUGUUUCAUUGCAGUCGAAUUAUUUAACCGGUGGGAUACCGGAGGAGCUGUUGAAUUUGAAAACGUUGUAUAAGAUUAAUGUAAGUGGAAACGGUUUAACUGGUGAGAUUCCGGCUUCUAUCGGAAGCUGUUCGGAGCUAACUUCGGUUGAUUUUAGCCGGAAUGAGUUGGAUGGUGAGAUUCCUAGAGGAGUUUUGAGUUUGUUAAACUUGAACAUUCUAAAUAUCUCUCGGAAUAAAAUGAUCGGUGAGAUUCCGAGCAAGUUAGGUCAUAUGAAGAGCUUGACGGUGUUGGAUCUUUCGUUUAAUCGAUUCUCCGGUCGAGUCCCUUCGGAUGGACAGUUAAAGGAUUUUAAUGACUCGGUGUUCGCUGGAAACCCUGACCUCUGUUCGCCACACGUGGUUCACUGUCCGACUGUAUCCCGUUUGAAUAAACGAUCUAUACAGCCGAAAUUCUUGAUCACGAUCAUCUGCGUGAUUUUGGUAACGUCAUUCAUUGUCAUCGCGUUAAUACACAUUCGAAAGAGGAAACACAUUGAGAAAGCGAAAAUGUGGAAGCUAACCGCUUUCCAACGGCUAGAUUUCAAAGUCGAUGAUGUGAUCGCGUGUUUGAAGGACGAGAAUGUAAUCGGUAAAGGUGGUGCGGGGAUCGUGUACCGUGGAUCAAUGCCAAACGGUGUUGAUGUCGCGAUCAAACGUUUGAUUGGUAAAAACCAUGGGUUUGACGCGGAGAUACAAACUCUGGGACGGAUCAAACACCGGCACAUUGUUCGGUUACUCGGUUACGUGUCGAAUCAGGAAACAAAUCUUCUGCUCUACGAGUACAUGUCACAUGGGAGUUUGGGGGAGAUUUUGCACGGGUCAAAAGGGGCGCAUUUGCAAUGGGAGACACGGUACAAAAUCGGGGUGGAAUCUGCCAAGGGGUUGUGUUACCUUCACCAUGAUUGCUCGCCGUUGAUUCUUCAUCGAGACGUGAAAUCGACCAACAUACUCCUGGAUUCGGAUUAUGAAGCUCAUGUUGCUGAUUUUGGGUUGGCUAAGUUCUUGAGGGAUGCUGGUGGUUCUGAGUGCAUGUCUACCAUUGCUGGAUCAUAUGGAUACAUUGCUCCAGAGUAUGCUUACACCUUAAAGGUGGAUGAGAAGACUGACGUCUACAGUUUUGGAGUGGUGCUUCUGGAGCUAAUCGCGGGCAAGAAGCCCGUGGGUCAGUUUGGUGAUGGGGUGGAUAUUGUGAGGUGGGUUAGAGAGACCAUCUCAGAGAUCCCUGAGCCAUCGGAUGCUGCUGCUGUGCUAUCGGUGUUGGAUUCAAGGCUCCACGGUUACAUUCUCUCGAGCGUAAUCGAUAUGUUCAAGAUUGCAAUGAUGUGUGUGGAGGACGAGAGCACGGCUCGUCCUACCAUGAGGGAGGUUGUUCACAUGCUAACAAACCCGCCUCUGCACCAGCCGUGUGUGCUCACUAGUUGAGCAUUACGCGAACAUGGUUCUAAAUUGUACAGGAGUGACUUUUUGGAAUGAAUAAUUUGGGUGAAAACUAAUGUACAACUCGCAUUGCACCGGGUGUAAUUUAGUUCUCCAUGAACUACAACUUUUGUUGCUUAUAUAUAUGAACGCCUUGAAUGAAUCGAAUGAAGCUUAUAUAUUUUCGUUUUA